AUGCUCCCCCUCCCCAAAAGCAUGAAGUCAAUCGGCAGCAACUCUGAUGAUUGGGAAGGAAAUGACGAUAGGUGGCCUCACUUGCAACAGGUCCCCAUCUACAGCGUCGGCCCGGCGACUACGCGGGCAUUGAAGGCGGUGCAGCAGGAGCCUCCGCUUCAAAUCUUCGGCGAUCAUACAGGCAAUGGAGAUGAAUUGGCCAAGUUCAUUUUGGAACAUUAUGGACAGUGGUAUGCAGACCGGGACACGAAGCCGCCGUUACUGUUUCUUGUUGGUGAACAGAGACGGGACAUCAUCCCCAAGUCACUCAUGGACGAGUCUCUGGCGUCGGAUAGACGGAUCCAGGUGGAUGAGAUUGUAGUGUAUGAGACUGGUGUUAUGCAGUCAUUCUUCUACGAUUUCCAACGGGUACUGGAGACCACAAAAAUUUCCAAGAUGAGGUGGGUUGUCGUCUUCUCCCCGACCGGCUGCGAAGGCAUGUUGCGUGCCCUGGAUGCACUUGAUUCCAAUGGAAAGGCGAAGUCAAAAGAGCCUGAGAGGACAACCUUCAUUGCAACAAUUGGGCCAACAACUCGUACUCAUCUGACCAAAGUCUAUGGCAAUUGGAUUGCUAGGAGAUGCGUCGCCGUUGGAUACCACCGCACGAUCGAUCUACAGGAGUACUGCACAUCUCAGGCCCCUCGAAGCAGCAACACCCAGCAGCACCCCGUCGAUUACUCACCCGACUCGAGCGGAGCCGUGACGCCGACCACCACCUCCGCCGGCUCCUCAACCUUCCUGUCGUCCUCCCUCUCGGGCCUCGUCGGCGGCCUGGGCGGUCUGGUGCGCCGCUUCUCGUCCGACGUGGCCGGCAACAACCACGACUUCUCCCGCUCGCCUUCCUCCCCGCCCCCGAUCUCCAGAGGAACGAGCUCUCUCUCGCACUCCUACAACAGCAGGAACAACGGCAUUGACGGUGUAUACACCCCGCCAACACACAGGACCGCAUCACCCAUGAGGCCGCCGCCCUUGGAGCCGCUAGAGCUCCGUGGCUUCAGAGAUGACACUGCAUCCUCAGCGAGGCUACUCACCACCACGAUUGCAGAGGAGAUUCGCAUCAUGGUUCCAGAGCGACAGCGUAUAGAAGACGCUUGGCACCUGGUGUACAGUCUGGACCAGGACGGCGCCAGCCUGGCAACUCUGUACAAGAAGUGCCAAGCCUACGAAGGGCGAAGAGUCAGCUUCGUGCUGGUGAUUAGAGAUAAUGAUGGAGGGCUGUUUGGCGCCUAUCUCUCUGACUUCCCCCAUCCAGCAGCGCACUACUUCGGCAACGGCGAGUGCUUCCUCUGGCGUGCCUCCGUGCUAGCCUCUCUGCCGCCUCCGCCGUCCGCCGACACAACCAAUCUCACGACCCGGAGCACAACCAUUGCCUCGCCAACUUCCUCAACCUUUCCCCCAUUUGCUCGUCCUCAGUCGCCAAACCAGUCUUCGCCAUCCACGUCCACACCAUCCCUGCUCGCGCCCACGCAAUCCUCCUCCUCCCGCGGCUCAGGGGCAACCAGCCCGGCCAUCCCGCCCUCGCCCUCAAUCCGCUUCAAGGCCUUCCCCUACAGCGGCGUCAACGACUUCUACAUCUACUGCGAGUCGCACUGGCUGUCCGUCGGCGGCGGCGACGGCCACUACGGCCUGUGGCUGGACGACGGCCUGGCCAAGGGCGUGAGCUCGCGCUGCCUGACCUUUGGCAACGAGCCGCUGAGCGACGAAGGCGAGAAAUUCGGAGUCCUCGGCGUCGAGGUCUGGGUGGUCGGUCGUGAUCGGCCGUGA